AUGGCUUCUGAAUCUGAAGCUCUGAAUCCCAGUGCUCGGAUAAUGACCUUUUACCCAACCAUGGAGGAGUUCCGGAACUUCAGUCGAUACAUGGCCUACAUUGAGUCCCAAGGAGCUCAUCGGGCUGGGCUGGCCAAGGUCGUUCCUCCAAAGGAGUGGAAGCCACGAGCAUCCUAUGAUGAUAUUGAUGAUCUGGUCAUUCCUGCCCCCAUCCAGCAGCUGGUGACGGGGCAGUCUGGCCUCUUCACUCAGUACAACAUACAGAAGAAAGCCAUGACUGUUCGUGAGUUCCGCAAGAUAGCCAAUAGUGAUAAGUACUGUACCCCACGCUAUAGUGAGUUUGAAGAGCUUGAACGGAAAUACUGGAAAAAUCUCACGUUCAAUCCCCCAAUCUAUGGUGCAGAUGUGAAUGGCACUCUCUAUGAAAAGCACGUAGAUGAGUGGAAUAUCGGCCGACUGAAAACAAUCCUGGACCUGGUGGAGAAGGAGAGUGGGAUCACCAUCGAGGGUGUGAACACCCCGUACCUAUACUUUGGCAUGUGGAAGACCUCCUUUGCCUGGCACACCGAAGACAUGGACCUCUACAGCAUCAACUACUUGCACUUCGGAGAGCCGAAGUCCUGGUACUCUGUUCCCCCGGAGCAUGGAAAGCGGUUGGAGCGCCUUGCCAAAGGUUUCUUCCCUGGAAGUGCUCAAAGCUGCGAGGCUUUUCUCCGCCAUAAGAUGACCUUGAUUUCCCCUUUAAUGCUGAAGAAAUAUGGAAUUCCCUUUGACAAGGUCACUCAAGAAGCUGGAGAAUUCAUGAUCACUUUCCCGUAUGGUUACCAUGCCGGCUUUAACCAUGGCUUCAACUGUGCGGAGUCCACCAAUUUUGCUACCCGGCGGUGGAUUGAAUAUGGCAAGCAAGCGGUGCUGUGCUCCUGUAGGAAGGACAUGGUGAAGAUCUCCAUGGACGUGUUUGUGAGGAAGUUCCAGCCGGAAAGGUACAAGCUUUGGAAAGCUGGGAAGGACAGCACAGUUAUCGACCAUACUCUGCCCACGCCAGAAGCAGCCGAGUUCCUUAAGGAGAGUGAACUGCCCCCAAGAGCCAGAAACGAGGAGUGUCCAGAGGAAGAAGAUGACAUGGAAGGGCUUGAGGAUGGAGAGGAGGGUGACUUAAAGAGAAGCCUCGCCAAACAUCGUAUAGGGACCAAGAGGCACCGGGUUUGUCUUGAAAUACCGCAGGAGGUGAGUCAGAGUGAGCUUUUCCCCAAGGAGGAGCUGAGUUCCGGACAGUACGAUGUGGCGGAGUGCCAGGCUGCCCUCGCUCCCGUGAGGCCCACCCACAGCUCCGUGCGGCAAGUCGAGGAUGCUCUUCCCUUCCCAGAUUAUUCUGACUCCUCUGAAGUCAAAUUUGAAGAGCUUAAAAACGUCAAACUAGAAGAGGAGGAUGAGGAGGAAGAAGAGGAACAAGAAGCAGCUGCCUUGGAUCUUUCUGUGAAUCCUGCUUCUCUAGGGGGACGCCUUGUUCUCUCAGGUUCGAAAAAGAAAUCAUCUUCUAGCCUGGGCUCCGGUUCUUCUCGGGAUUCUAUUUCUUCUGAUUCAGAAACCAGUGAGCCUCUGUCCUGCCGAGCCCAAGGGCAGUCGGGAGUUCUCACUGUGCACAGCUAUGCCAAAGGGGACGGCAGGGUCACCGUGGGAGAGCCCUGCACAAGGAAGAAAGGGGGCGCCACCGGAAGUAUCAGCGAGCGGGAGCUGACAGAGGUGGCGGAUGAAUACAUGUUUUCCCUGGAGGAGAACAAGAAGUCCAAGGGCCGUCGUCAGCCCUUAAGCAAGCUCCCCCGCCAUCACCCACUUGUGUUGCAGGAUUGUGUCAGUGAUGAUGAGUCAUCCGAACAGCUGACCCCGGAGGAGGAGGCUGAGGAGACAGAGGCCUGGGCCAAGCCCCUGAGUCAGCUAUGGCAGAACCGACCUCCGAACUUUGAGGCCGAGAAGGAAUUCAAUGAGACCAUGGCCCAGCAGGCCCCUCACUGCGCAGUCUGUAUGAUCUUUCAGACCUACCAUCAGGUCGAGUUUGGAGGCCUUAGUCAGAGCUGUGGAAACACUUCAGCUCUAGCUGUCCAGAAGCAGAGGACCAAGCCAUUGAUUCCAGAAAUGUGUUUUACCUCCACUGGCUGCAGCACGGACAUCAACCUUUCUACCCCUUACCUUGAGGAGGACGGCACCAGCCUUCUCGUUUCCUGCAAGAAGUGCAGUGUCCGCGUCCAUGCCAGUUGUUACGGGGUACCCCCUGCAAAGGCUUCUGAAGACUGGAUGUGUUCUCGGUGUUCAGCUAAUGCCCUGGAGGAGGAUUGCUGUUUGUGCUCAUUACGAGGGGGAGCCCUACAGAGAGCCAAUGAUGACAGGUGGGUCCACGUGUCUUGUGCUGUGGCAAUUUUGGAAGCAAGGUUUGUCAACAUUGCCGAAAGAAGUCCAGUGGAUGUGAGCAAAAUUCCCCUGCCCCGCUUCAAACUGAAAUGUGUCUUCUGUAAGAAGCGGAGGAAAAGGACCGCCGGCUGCUGUGUGCAGUGUUCUCACGGCCGCUGCCCGACCGCCUUCCACGUGAGCUGCGCCCAGGCUGCGGGGGUGGUGAUGCAGCCCGACGACUGGCCUUUUGUCGUCUUCAUUACCUGCUUUCGGCACAAGAUCCCCAGUCUGGAGCGUGCCAAGGGGGCCUUGCAGAGCAUCACCGCCGGCCAGAAGGUCAUUAGCAAGCACAAGAAUGGGCGCUUCUACCAGUGUGAGGUGGUCAGGCUCACCACCGAGACCUUCUAUGAAGUUAACUUUGAUGAUGGUUCCUUCAGCGACAAUCUCUAUCCCGAGGACAUAGUGAGUCAGGACUGUCUCCAGUUGGGUCCUCCCGCUGAAGGAGAGGUGGUCCAAGUGAGAUGGACAGAUGGCCAAGUCUACGGAGCCAAAUUUGUGGCCUCCCACCCCAUCCAGAUGUACCAGGUGGAGUUUGAGGAUGGCUCACAGCUUGUGGUUAAGAGAGAUGACGUGUACACGCUGGAUGAAGAGCUUCCUAAGAGGGUCAAAUCCAGACUGUCUGUAGCCUCCGACAUGCGCUUCAAUGAGAUUUUCACAGAGAAGGAGGUUAAGCAGGAAAAGAAACGGCAACGAGUGAUCAACUCAAGAUACCGGGAGGAUUACAUCGAGCCUGCACUAUACCGAGCCAUCAUGGAGUAGGUGCUUCUGGGGGCCAGCAGGUGCCCAGCCAUCAAGGCGACAGCACUGGGGUUCCACAGCACAGCAGACACUUGGAACUGUGAAGUCUCUGCAAGUGAAGUUGUAAAAUGAAAAGGAAUGGAAUAACCGACCCCAUCAUCCUCUCACGCCCCCGUUCCCCGUCGCAUUCCGCUGUAGUGAAAGGACAGCCUUUCUUGGACAUGUGGCAGCAGCCGCCUAUCUCCCCGCUGAAGGGCUGAGCACUGAAAUGCGGGGCUGCACUGGCCCUGGUCUACAGUGGGGUCGACUGUGCUGGCCGGGCUGGUUGCCUAGGACUUAGCUUCCUAACAGUCACCUGCACCAAUGAGGCCGAGGUGCUGGUGCUUACUCCCUCCCCCUUUUGUAUUUAAGUGUGUGUAUGUGUGCGCGCGCACGUGUGUGUGUGAGUGUGUGUGUGUGUGUGUGUGUUUGGUUGGACCAGCUUCUGCCAGCCCCUGGCCUUUACUUUUUUCCUUGCCUGUCCAGGGCAACAAAAUGUGAAAUUCUGCCCUCAGUUGAGCUGAGUAAAGGCUCUUGGGGGUUGGCUGGAGAUGGAGUGUGGCAUCUGUCUGUCCCUGGAACUGCCUCGAGAGAGUGCUGGCAAAGCUGCAGUAUCGAGAUGUCACAGAGUUAAUGCCUCCUCUUCGUCCUGUCUUGGAGGAGAAGACUGGGGGUAACAUGGGUGUGUGCCUGUUCAUGCUAGGCACAGAGCCUCUGUGGCAUAGUAUUAGAGGGUAUGGCUGGGGAAUACCCUGAAGGGGGUUCUUAACAAUGGAAGCAGGCAGAGCCUGGUGGGUGAUUCUGUCAACAGAAAAUUGCAAUCAUGCAGGGGCUGGGAGGGUUAAGAUGAAUUGGGGCCAUUGGAGACCAGGGGCAGGUUUAGACAUGUCCCUGGUCUGGGGGUGGGAGGGAGCUGAUUUGGGGGUGGGGGUGGGAAUGGAGGGCAACACUGAAGGGGUUAAACAGGUUUUUGCUCCUCAUGAAUUUGUUUGCCUGGGCCCAGGAUUGGAGGGCUUCACACCUAUACCCUGUGUAUACAAGAAUCAGAUUUAUAAUACUUCCCUGUUUUUUGUUACGUAUGAACGCUAUAAACCAAAUUAUUUUGAAAACUGGUGCAUCACCUUGUCCUUAGCAAUAAAAUGUGUUGAGCAGAGGA